AUAAGUACCUGUAUCAUAAAUAAAUAUUGUGUACACUCUCAGGCUAGUUGUCGACUGGUACUUAUGUUAAUGAUGUUUUAAGAUAACUUAGAUAAACAUGUUACGCCAUCAGCAUUUCCUUUGGUUUUUGUCAAUGUGGGGAUACAGUCUGUGCUGCCCUUCCUCGUGUACUUGUCAUUCAAAUGGAAGAGUCUACUGUAAUAAUCCACAACAAAUGUUUGAUUCAAUACCUACAGAUAUACCUUCAAAUACUCUAUACCUCCACCUUGAUAACCAGCUUUUACGAAAUCUCAGCUCUUUGACUUGUAAUCAGUUUCCGAACCUACAAGAUUUGUAUAUAAACAACAAUCAAAUUGAAGUGAUACAGGACACAGAUUUUCUUGGAUGUUCGUCGCUAACUACAUUGUAAAUAUCAUCAAUACUUUUAAACUCG